GCGAAGGUGGUCGGACCGAGGCUCGUUCGUAAAGUAUAUACAACAGGAAAUCGGAACUCGAGUGCAAAUCAAAGGCAUAGGAUCUGGUUUUAUUUACCAGGAGACGGGUAAAGAAAGUGACGAGCCACUGUACAUCCAUAUUACGCCCUUGUUAUCUCAAAUUCUCGUCGUCUAACUCAAACAUGUCUCAACAGCGGUCCAGAAGUCGUAAGAGCGAAGGUGCUGACCGAAGAUCUUCUGUUCGUCUUUCGCUCCGACAACGCGAAAAUGGCAUUCGUUGCCCAACAUUAACAAAUGGAACUUCAUCAAACCCAAGCUCAAUAUGCCGCGUAUAGUGCAAUGGCGGGAUAUGCCUCGCCUCCUCCUGCGGCUGCACCUCCGCCUCCGCCACCUGGUGAACAGCCUUCACCCCCUCCAGAUGGACAACAACCGACUGCGUCUCAGGGAGAACAGCAAAAUGUGGCCGAAGCCUAUGCAGCUUAUUGGCGAGACGUUGUCUUUCUUUGUUUUCUGUCCCUCGUGCUGAAUGUCGGCCGUGGCGAUUGUGGGGCUCAAUACGGUUACGAUGACAACUCUCCCCGAUUCAAGGAAUAG